UUUAGUAUAAGAUCUGUGCACUAAAGUUGAUGUUUUAUUAUCUGUAAUAAUACAGCCAACUGCUUGACGUAAAAAUAUAAUCUUUCUUUUUGGGUGAACCUGUCAUUUCGGAUUGUCGAGGCGGGUUUUAAAUCCUAGCCAUGGUGCGUAUGAACGUAUUGAGUGAUGCUCUCAAAUCUAUUCACAAUGCUGAAAAGCGAGGCAAAAGACAAGUGCUGAUCCGGCCUUGCUCUAAAGUCAUCGUCAAGUUUCUCACAGUGAUGAUGAAGCACGGUUAUAUUGGUGAAUUUGAAAUAGUGGAUGAUCAUAGGGCUGGCAAAAUCGUUGUUAACCUUACCGGCAGAUUAAACAAAUGUGGAGUUAUCUCACCGCGAUUUGAUGUUCCAAUUAAUGAUAUCGAGAGAUGGACCAACUUACUUCCAUCUCGACAGUUCGGAUACCUUGUACUCACCACCAGCGGAGGUAUCAUGGACCAUGAAGAAGCCAGACGAAAACAUCUUGGAGGGAAGAUUUUAGGAUUCUUUUUCUAACUUUACGCAAUACAUUUGAAAAUGUA